AUUCAGGCAACUAACUACACAUCACAUAUAUCACAGCAGCUACUAAGCUGAGGCUAGGCUAACAAGCUGCUACAGAGUGACAUGUAAAUGUCAAAUCUACACUCAGUCUCAAUGAAGGAGCUUCCAGAGUGAUUGGGACAUGGAGUUAAGAAAACUCAAGGACCAGUCUCCAUUGGUCCAGGCUAUAUUCAGCCGCAACGCAGAGGAAGUGACAUUUUUGUUGAACCAUGAAGAUGUCAAUUCACUGGACCAAGAACAAAGCACACCACUUCAUGCUGCUGCUUAUUUGGGCGAUGUCCACACUAUGGACCUGCUUAUCGCUUCAGGCGCUAAUGUCAACGCCAAGGACCAGGGUCUGCUGACUCCUUUACAUCGAGCAGCUGCCUCACAAAAUCAAAGGGCUGUGGAGCUACUACUAAACCACGGCGCAGAGGUCAACACACGGGACAAGUUCUGGCACACACCUUUACACAUGGCAGCUGCAAAGUGGGCUGCAGGCUGCGCUAUGGCUCUGAUACCACAUGUGUGCAGCCUGGAUGUUGCUGACAGGUCUGGGAGGACACCACUGCAUCAUGCAGCGCACAGUGGCCAUGGAGAGAUGGUGAAUUUGCUCCUGAGCAAAGGUGCCAACCUGAGUGCCAAAGACAAAAAAGAAAGGCAGGCAAUCCAUUGGGCAGCAUACCUUGGACAUGUGGAGGUCGUGAAGCUGCUGCUUUCUCACAGUGCUGAUGUGAUGUCCAAGGACAAACGAGGUUACACUCCGCUUCAUGCUGCAGCUGCCAGUGGACAGUUAGACGUGGUCAAAUAUCUGAUGAGACUGGUUGUAGAGAUUGAUGAACCCAACGCUUUUGGGAGCACGGCUCUCCACAUGGCCUGUUACACAGGGCAGGACAGUGUGGCCACUGAGCUGGUGAACUGUGGGGCAAACAUCAAUCAGGCCAACCACCACGGCAGCACGCCGCUGCAUCUGGCUGCCGCCUCCUCCAGCGGGGUGCUGUGUCUCGAGCUGCUCAUCAACAAUGGUGCUGAUGUCAACGUGCAGAAUAAAGAAGGGAAGAGCCCUUUGCAUAUGGCUGCCAUGCACGGGCGCUUUACAGGCUCACAGAUUAUCAUCCAAAAUGGUGCAGAGAUCGACUGCGUUGACAUUUAUGGAAACACUCCUCUUCAUGUUGCUGCCAGAUAUGGUCAGGAGCUGCUCAUCAGCACUCUGCUGACAAAUGGUGCUGACAAGGCCAGACCAGGGAUUCAUGGGAUGCUUCCACUGCAUUUGGCGGCGCUCUACGGAUUUCCAGACUGUUGUCGAAAGUUUCUGUCUAAUGGCCAGUUUUACAUCAUGUCGUCUCAAUCAUUGCCGGUUGGGUUUGAUAUAAAUGUUGUAGACGAACACGGGAGGACAUGUCUGCAUGCAGCUGCCUCUGGAGGAAACAUUGAAUGUCUGAACCUGUUGUUGAGUAGUGAAGCUGAACUGGAUGUCAAAGAUAAUUUGGGAAGAUCUCCUUUGCACUAUGCUGCCGCUAAUGGGAACAGCCAAUGCACCAUCUCCCUGGUGAGAGCAGGCGCUGAGGUCAACGAGCCGGACCUGACAGGCUGCAGCCCUCUGCACUACGCUGCUGCUUCACACACCUUUUGUGGAGGGGAAACAAACUCUGACUACAGUGAAGAGAAGGAACAUGAAGCCUCUUUGUGUUUAGACUUCUUGCUCGACAACGGGGCAAACCCGACUCUGAAGAACAGUAAGGGCUACAGUGCCGUCCACUAUGCAGCAGCUUAUGGGAACAAACAGCACCUGGAACUGCUCCUUGAGAUUUCUUUCAACUGUCUAGAAGAGGUUGAAAGUAAUAUUCCAGUCAGUCCUUUGCACUUAGCUGCGUACUAUGGUCACUGUGAGGCACUGCGUCUGCUCUCUGAGACAUUAGUGAGUCUGGAUGUGCGCGACAUUGAAGGCAGAACUGCCCUCUACCUGGCUGCUCAGAGAGGAUUUGCCCCAUGUGUGGAAGUGCUGCUGAAACAUGAAGCCUCCUACACACUGAAGGAGCACAAGCACAAGUGGACGGCUCUCCAUGCUGCAGCUGCUGAGGGCCAAAUGGACUGUCUGCUUUUACUGGUCAACAGGGAACAAAGUGCCGACAUCAUCGACAGUCCAGAUACACAGGGACAGACGGCUCUCAUGCUGGCAGCUCUGGGCCGUCACACGGACUGUGUCCACAUCCUGUUGGAGAAAGGAGCGAAUGCUGACGCUGCAGACAAAAAGGGCUUCACAGCUUUACACAGAGCUGCCAUGUUGGGCAGUGAGGACUGCGUAUCUGCUCUGUUGGAACAUGGAGCCUCUGCUCUGUGUAGAGACUCUCAGGGAAGAACCCCGCUGCACCUCACAGCAUCCCUCGGCCACACGGAGCUACUCCGAACUCUGCUUAUAGCUGCUAUGAAAGCUGAUCCGCUGGACUCCAUAUUGGACUACAGAGGCUGCACGCCCACACACUGGGCUGCCUACCAUGGACAUGAAGGAUGUUUACAAAUUUUACUUGAAAACAAACUUUUUAGCAACCAGGAAGGAAAUCACUUCACCCCAUUGCACUGUGCUCUAGUUAAUGGACACGAUGUUGCUGCUGAACUUCUAGUGAAGACUGUUGGCCCUCAAGUUGUUAAUGUUAGUGAUGCCAAAGGAAGGACUCCGCUGCAUGCAGCUGCUCAUUCAGGAAGUGUUGCUGGGGUCCAGCUGGUCCUGGCCCAGGGAGCAGAAGUCAAUGCUGUAGACCAUCGUGGAUGCUCUGCUCUGAUGGUGGCUGCCGACUGUGGACAGACGAUGGCUGUUGAGUUCUUGCUGCACAAAGCGAAGCCAGACCUGACCCUGGUGGAUGUCAAUAAUAACACUGCCCUUCACUUAGCCUGCAGCAAGGGUCAUGAGAUGUGUGCCCUAUUGAUCCUGGGAGAGAUCAACGACUCAUCCCUCAUAAAUGCAACAAACAGCGCUCUCCAAAUGCCCCUUCACAUUGCAGCAAGGAAAGGCCUGGCGACUGUAGUGCAGGUGUUACUGAGCAGAGGAGCAGCAGUCAUGGCUGUGGAUGAGGAAGGCCACACACCGGCUCUGGCCUGUGCUCCUAACAAGAACGUUGCAGACUGUCUGGCCCUCAUCCUAUCCACCAUGAAGCCUUUCCCUCCCAGAGAGGCCAGCAACGGGAAAGCCUCCCACUUCAACCCCAUCCUGAAGAACUGUGGUAUUGCUGGUAGUAACCUGUGUCAUGCCUAAAUCAGGGUCUCCGCGGGUUCCACGGGGUGUUUAACAGAGUGAAAUUUCAUCCCAGUGUCGCCCAAAGUCUCCACACAUAUCCACACACACGUGCCAGACUCUAGGAACAUGUGUGGUCAUGCAAAGCUCCCUCUCACGUGUGUCAUAUGCAGCUGCAUGUACACUUUGUUCUCAUGCACCAGUAGAGUUGCUUCUCUAAAAUCUAGUCUUACACAUCGCUAAUAUUAGCAGACCUCUUAGAAUAUCCUCUAAGUUCACUUUAGCACCUAUAUAUUGUUUUAAUAAUGUACUAACCUUUAGAAGUGAAUGGAAGUUUUAACAUGAGCACACUACACUUGCAUCUCCACUUGAAUCUCGUCAGCUUCAUUUCUUAACUCUUUAACCACCAAAGCCUGAAAUUUCUGUCUUCUUCCUUAGCUGAUACAAGUGCAGGAAUACUUGUGAUGAUUGUGUGUGUAACUUGCGUACGGGUGUGUGAGUGUCAGAAUUAUUUUGCAUAUCAGAUAUUGCUUCUUAUUAUACGUGUUCUUAAAUAUCUAACAGGUGCUGUAAACCUUUUAUGCAAUUUAUAAGACUCUAUUUUCUUAUCCUGCCCAGAGUGUAGCAGACACUACAUUAAUAUCAUCCAAAUAUUAUCAUGAUAUACAGGAGUUACAUUUCAGUUUAGUUAAGUCACAAGCAUGUGUAUAAUAGUAAUGGUAUAGUUUAAAACGUCUAGUGUAUAUAUAGUUCUUAAAAUGAAGUUAACGUUCUAGUUAUUUUAUCUUAAAAAUCCCACAUUAUUGAGUAGUAACCUCAGGUCAGUGUGUACUGUACUGUCAAUACAAUAAUAGCACAUUUUGAGCUGGAUGUUACAUAAAACAAAAGUUUUAACACAGGAAAAAAAAUAUUUCAGGCUUUGAGCAUAAAAGUCUUGCGUCCUCAGUAAAUGUUGCGUUUCUCUACAUCUGCAACUCAAGAUUCUUUUAACUUUUGUUUAAGCAGUAGAUUCUUUUUUUCUACAUUAAUGGUGCAAUAUAUAAGAAUUGACCGUGUGUUGAAUUCAUACUCGACACGUAUAUGGGGCAGCAUAUCGCCAAAGUAACCACUAGCUCAGUUAGCUGUGCAGCUACCAGUCAGGACUAGGAGCUUUUGACCCUGAUGGUUAGCAUGCUGACAUCCAUAGAUAAUCUUUGCAACACAGUACACAAACCUCAAAACUGUUUUCAUGUUCUAUUGACAAUUUAUUUAAUUUUUUUUAAUGUUUUCAACUCAACUUCUGUCAUAUUGCACCUUAAGGUGCUCAUAGCAUGUUCUGAGAGUCCAAGGUGACAUAUUUAAAUUGAUUGUUUUUUAUGAACAGGUCUCCAAAAGUCUAAAAUCCAAGGAUGUUUAAUUUACAACGAGCAAAUUCCUCACAUUUAAGAGGACAUUUCACUGAAUACUUGGUUUGAUGGUCAGUGCAUUUUAAGUUGACUAAUCUGUUGAUUCAGUACUUCAUAUCAACAUAUCUGUGACUCUAAUGUUUUUAGUGUGCAGUUAAAUGAAGUGAAACAACCUACAUCUAAUUCAUUCAUCACCAUUAACCAUCUCUCUGAAACACUAUACACUGAAUGCAUUGGGGGUUUUUUUUAAGUGUUUUUCUGCUCUUGUUCUGUCCAGAGAAAAUAUCUCCUGUCGCCACAUUUUCUUCAUUAUUGACCAGUUUUUUUUCUGACAUUUUAAUAAAUACAUUUCAAGUAAAACUUCAGCAUAAUUUGCGAUUAUACCAACAGAAAUGUGUGGUAUUAUUAUACGUUUAUAUAGCGACAGUUCUUCCACUCGAAUGAGCACAAUACACCUGUACUGGUACAAAGCUGUCACUGCCUCUCUCUCCUUAAAGAUCAAGCUUUUAUAAAUGGACGUGUGCGUUAAAUGUUUAUCUUUUUGUAAUUUGAAAGCACACACAGACUUUGAUAUUAAUCCCUUUUCCUUAUAGUCUCCCCCCAUCAAUACCUGCUGUACUCUUAAAAUGGCUUUAAACGAUUUGCACUCUGACAUGAAAGUUUACAUUUUACAGUAGGGUAUCCUUCUUCUGUUUAUGCAAUUUGAAAGUGCAUUUUACAAAUUGAGUUUUGAAGUAAUUAUAGAAACCAGUUCAGUUGGAGCAUGCCCUUCCUAGUUAUACUUGGAUGACAGAAAGUGGUUUGACAUUUCUAAACACAAGUUGCAGUGAAAUGUUCUGAAUCAUGUUUGUUUGUAGGGAUUGUUCUGUUUCAGCCUUCCAUGUGAACAAACGGUGUGUCUUCGGUACAUCCUGCUGAGAUUUCAGGAUGUAACUCCUAACUUGAAUACUCUGUGUGGUUUAAUUGUGGAUGGCAUUCAUAUGAGAGAAAAUAAAGUUGCUACCAUCUGAA